GAAAUUCAAUUAAGGGAAAGUUCUAAGACCAUAAAUAAUUCUCUGGUCCGAAAACCAAAAAAUAUCUGCGAUAAUAGAAACUGUAGAUAAGCGUUUCGGGGAAGCGCCGAAUCAGGAAGAGCAAUACCCUCAGCUGCCACCUCACGGCGAUUAUCGGAAAUGAAUAUCCUAUCAAACCUCGCCAAAUUGGCUAUCGAUUCUACCUUCAACGACUCUCUCAAAGGCUUAACUGGUCAGAAGAAACUUUAUAAGACUGUGCAAGAGAGAUUGAAGUAUCCACCAGCUUCACUCCCCUUAAGUAACUGUAAUAAACCUGAAGAUGCAAAAUUAGAAGAGGAGAUGCGGAAAAAAAUAGAAGAUAUGCUAGAAGAUAUGGCCAAGUUAAAGCAGCAAAAUGAGACAUCAGCCAGAUGCGUAGAGGAAAAGGAGCCUCUGAGAAGGGGACCAAAUGAAGGCAGCAAGAAGUUGGGUGUUCUGGGACCUGAGAAGAAGAGAAUUUUUAUUCGGUCGCGGCUGUAAAAUGAAGCUAGUUUUGCUCAACCUCAGGAUGUGAAUCUUGAAAUCUUCAAAAUAAUUAUCUGUAUCAUAUCUAUGGAUGGUAUCCUCAGUAGUAUGGUGGAUAUAAGCAUUGCUGUUAUAUUCAUACCCUUUUCUGUAUUUCAGCUGUUGGUUUUUUCUUUUUGGUGUAUAUAGAGUUAAUUUAGAGCGUGCCGAGUAAGAUCCUUACAGGGUGGCAAAGUAUUACUUCAAGAGUUUUAACGUCGCUGCAUACUCAAGGCUCGAACUCGAGAAUUUAGUAAAGCUAGAAGACACCCUUAUCAUCUCAUCUAUAAGCUCUUAAGUUAGUUGUUAGGUUUUUUAUGUAUCCUAGGUUCUUUUUCUAACUGACUUUUAUUUAUUUAAUUUAUAGAUUUUAUAGUAAAUGUUUA